UUACAGAAAUCUAUCCAUCUUGUUACUAUUCAAACAAGUUUAUGGAAAAAACGGACCAAAUGGUCUUUAUGCUUUACUCGUCAAACUGGAUGGACUUAUCACCAAAAUUCCGUAAACAUCUUAUUAUAUUGAUGCAGAUGACGCAGGAAUUUAUAUUGGCUGGAAAACAAAUACCAGUAACUUUGGCUACUUUCAUGUCGGCAGUGAAGGCUAUAUACUCGCUGUUAACGAUCAUGAACCCGUCAGAGUGACGACUAGUAAAGGCAUCCUUCAUGCAAAAAAGGGUUCAACCUGCAGGUCGAUCAGAAAUGGAAUUUAUAUUUUAGAAAGAACAGAUGUAACUGGACUUUAAC